CUCGGCUCCCCUGACAGCCCCAAUUUCCUGCUCCACAGCCCUGAACACGUAGCGCCUCGUGACGUCACGCAAGGAGCCAGCCGGAAACGCAAGGCAUGCAGGGAAAUGUAGUCUUUGGUCACUGCUUCCGUUUAUCCUGUCAAACAGUCACAUUCUUCAAACGCGGCGGCUGCUACCGGUAGCUGCCUGUGGCUAGAUCAGGGUAGUCAGGCGCUCAGUAUACCCGGCGGGAGGGGCGAGGCCGCCGACCGGGCAGGACCUGUUUGCAUAGCAGCGGAAAUACGCAGAGAAUGUGCGACGGAAGCGGCCAUUGUGCCAAGUAAUAUGGCGCCGCCCGUAACCAGCAGCCUGUAAAACCGUGUCAGCCUCUCACUGCCGGGAGAGCGAGCCGCCGCCAUCAUGCCGAGAUACUACGAGGACAAGGUGGAGGACAGGCACCCGUGUGCCGGGGUCAAGGAGGAUCUCAAGGACUGUCUGCUGAACAGCGUCUGUGUGCUGCAGGUGGGGUGACCCGAGUGCCCUUAUACCGCAUAGCACACAGACUGAGUAUAUACAGGGAGAGCCGUGUCCGCAUAGCACACAGACUGAGUAUAUACAGCGAGAGCCGUGUCCGCAUAGCACACAGACUGAGUAUAUACAGGGAGAGCCGUGUCCGCAUAGCACACAGACUGAGUAUAUACAGCGAGAGCCGUGUCCGCAUAGCACACAGACUGAGUAUAUACAGCGAGAGCCGUGUCCGCAUAGCACACAGACUGAGUAUAUACAGGGAGAGCCGUGUCCGCAUAGCACACAGACUGAGUAUAUACAGGGAGAGCCGUGUCCGCAUAGCACACAGACUGAGUAUAUACAGGGAGAGCCGUGUCCGCAUAGCACACAGACUGAGUAUAUACAGGGAGAGCCGUGUCCGCAUAGCACACAGACUGAGUAUAUACAGGGAGAGCCGUGUCCGCAUAUAUAUACAGGGAGAGCCGUGUCCGCAUAGCACAGACUGAGUAUAUACAGCGAGAGCCGUGUCCGCAUAGCACACAGACUGAGUAUAUACAGGGAGAGCCGUGUCCGCAUAGCACACAGACUGAGUAUAUACAGCGAGAGCCGUGUCCGUAUAGCACACAGACUGAGUAUAUACAGCGAGAGCCGUGUCCGCAUAGCACACAGACUGAGUAUAUACAGGGAGAGCCGUGUCCGCAUAGCACACAGACUGAGUAUAUACAGGGAGAGCCGUGUCCGCAUAGCACACAGACUGAGUAUAUACAGCGAGAGCCGUGUCCGCAUAGCACACAGACUGAGUAUAUACAGCGAGAGCCGUGUCCGCAUAGCACACAGACUGAGUAUAUACAGCGAGAGCCGUGUCCGCAUAGCACACAGACUGAGUAUAUACAGCGAGAGCCGUGUCCGCAUAGCACACAGACUGAGUAUAUACAGCGAGAGCCGUGUCCGCAUAGCACACAGACUGAGUAUAUACAGCGAGAGCCGUGUCCGCAUAGCACACAGACUGAGUAUAUACAGCGAGAGCCGUGUCCGCAUAGCACACAGACUGAGUAUAUACAGCGAGAGCCGUGUCCGCAUAGCACACAGACUGAGUAUAUACAGCGAGAGCCGUGUCCGCAUAGCACACAGACUGAGUAUAUACAGCGAGAGCCGUGUCCGCAUAGCACACAGACUGAGUAUAUACAGCGAGAGCCGUGUCCGCAUAGCACACAGACUGAGUAUAUACAGCGAGAGCCGUGUCCGCAUAGCACACAGACUGAGUAUAUACUGGGAGAGCCGUGUCCGCAUAGCACACAGACUCAGAGUAUAUACAGGGAGAGCCGUGUCCGUAUAGCACACAGACUGAGUAUAUACAGGGAGAGCCGUGUCCGCAUAGCACACAGACUGAGUAUAUACAGCGAGAGCCGUGUCCGCAUAGCACACAGACUGAGUAUAUACAGGGAGAGCCGUGUCCGCAUAGCACACAGACUGAGUAUAUACAGGGAGAGCCGUGUCCGCAUAGCACACAGACUGAGUAUAUACAGCGAGAGCCGUGUCCGCAUAGCACACAGACUGAGUAUAUACAGCGAGAGCCGUGUCCGCAUAGCACACAGACUGAGUAUAUACAGCGAGAGCCGUGUCCGCAUAGCACACAGACUGAGUAUAUACAGGGAGAGCCGUGUCCGCAUAGCACACAGACUGAGUAUAUACAGGGAGAGCCGUGUCCGCAUAGCACACAGACUGAGUAUAUACAGGGAGAGCCGUGUCCGCAUAGCACACAGACUGAGUAUAUACAGCGAGAGCCGUGUCCGCAUAGCACACAGACUCAGUAUAUACAGCGAGAGCCGUGUCCGCAUAGCACACAGACUGAGUAUAUACAGCGAGAGCCGUGUCCGCAUAGCACACAGACUGAGUAUAUACAGCGAGAGCCGUGUCCGCAUAGCACACAGACUGAGUAUAUACAGCGAGAGCCGUGUCCGCAUAGCACACAGACUGAGUAUAUACAGCGAGAGCCGUGUCCGCAUAGCACACAGACUGAGUAUAUACAGCGAGAGCCGUGUCCGCAUAGCACACAGACUGAGUAUAUACAGCGAGAGCCGUGUCCGCAUAGCACACAGACUGAGUAUAUACAGCGAGAGCCGUGUCCGCAUAGCACACAGACUGAGUAUAUACAGGAGAGCCGUGUCCGCAUAGCACACAGACUGAGUAUAUACAGGGAGAGCCGUGUCCGCAUAGCACACAGACUGAGUAUAUACAGGGAGAGCCGUGUCCGCAUAGCACACAGACUGAGUAUAUACAGCGAGAGCCGUGUCCGCAUAGCACACAGACUGAGUAUAUACAGCGAGAGCCGUGUCCGCAUAGCACACAGACUGAGUAUAUACAGCGAGAGCCGUGUCCGUAUAGCACACAGACUGAGUAUAUACAGCGAGAGCGAUAUCCGCGCAUAGCACACAGACUGAGUAUAUACAGGAGAGCGUGUCCGCGCAUAGCACACAGACUCCGUAUAUACAGCGAUAACCCGUGUCGCAUAGCACACAGACUCAGAGUAUACAGGAAACACGUGUCCGCGCCUUUUACAGACUCAGAGUAUAUGCAGCGAGCGUGUCCGCGCCUUUACAGACUGAAAGGUAUAUACAGCGAGAGCCGUGUCCGCAUAGCACACAGACUGAGUAUAUACUGGGAGAGCCGUGUCCGCAUAGCACACAGACUGAGUAUAUACAGGGAGAGCCGUGUCCGCAUAGCACACAGACUGAGUAUAUACAGGGAGAGCCGUGUCCGUAUAGCACACAGACUGAGUAUAUACAGGGAGAGCCGUGUCCGUAUAGCACACAGACUGAGUAUAUACAGGGAGAGCCGUGUCCGUAUAGCACACAGACUGAGUAUAUACAGGGAGAGCCGUGUCCGCAUAGCACACAGACUGAGUAUAUACAGCGAGAGCCGUGUCCGCAUAGCACACAGACUCAGAGUAUAUACAGCGAGAGCCGUGUCCGCAUAGCACACAGACUCAGUAUAUACAGGGAGAGCCGUGUCCGCAUAGCACACAGACUCAGUAUGUACAGGGAGAGCCGUGUCCGCAUAGCACACAGACUCAGUAUGUACAGGGAGAGCCGUGUCCGCAUAGCACACAGACUCAGUAUAUACAGGGAGAGCCGUGUCCGCAUAGCACACAGACUCAGUAUAUACAGGGAGAGCCGUGUCCGCAUAGCACACAGACUCAAUAUAUACAGGGAGAGCCGUGUCCGCAUAGCACACAGACUCAGAGUAUAUACAGGGAGAGCCGUGUCUGCAUAGCACACAGACUCCGUAUAUACAGGGAGAGCCGUGUCCGCAUAGCACACAGACUCAGUAUAUACAGCGAGAGCCGUGUCCGUAUAGCGCACAGGAACCCGGCCAUAGGGAAAGGGACGGCCAUGUGUGCAGCGCGGCCACUACUGCACCAGCAUGACAGCAUGGCGAUAAUAAUGUGCUGCUAAUAUGAGCAGAAAUGUCAGUGUGUGUAACUGGAGGGAUAGAGUGCAAUGGCAUGUGAAUGCAGGAGAUUAUACUAGGAUAGGAUGUUGGUGUGUGUAUUUGUAGCACUGUUUUUAGUAGCAGCCAUGGUGUGUGAAUGAGGGAUAUUAUACCAGGGUAGAAUGCUAGUGUGUGUAAUUGUAGCAUUAUUAUUUUUUGUAUGUAUUGUUGCAUUUAACUUAAGGGUCGUAUUUGAACAGCCUUUCUUGGGUUUGUGUUAAUGUAGAGUGACUCUGUGUGAGCAAAUGUAGGGUUAAAUUUGAGUAUACUGUCUAGUUGUCUUUUUAGUUUGAAUCCUGUUGUCUAUUUUUAUAGAGGGUAUGUGUAGAUAUAGUGCUAGCGUAUGUAAAUACAAGAGUGUAAUUUAUUUUAUUUUAUUUUUUUUUAAUAUGCAUUAGUGAAUAUGUACAGCUGUACUCCUGUAAUAACAUAUGACAUUUCUUGAACUGACACUACAGUGUUGUCAGAGAGGUAGGGAGAAAAAUAAAAGUAGAACAAUUAAAGAAAAAUAAUCGCUACUAUGCCAGCAAUUCUUGGAACAUUUACCCCCAAAAUGUUGCAUACUAGUAGGAAAAGUCCACUUUUCUAAAAGACUUGGCACAUUGCUGGACAAACUCAGAAUGCCUGUUUACCCUUAGUUCUACUUGGCUUCUUUUAUUUGCUACUAUAGCAGCACCUAGUGGUGAAUUCACAAAUUUGUUUUCCAGGGAUAUACUACAAAACAUGUUCAUUAAAGGGAAACACAAGUGCCAGGAAAACACUCAUUUGUUAAGAUCCACCCCGUGGUGCAAAAGGGGUUAAUAACCCCUUCUGUCACUCAUUUGGGUCUAGCCGAUGUCCCUCUGCUUGGCUCAGCUCCACCCAUGCUACCCCCUGCUGGCGGAGAGCAAUGGCUGCAUUUACAUUAGGAUUUCCCCAUAUGAUAGCAUUAUUGAAUGCUUUCGUAUGGAAAUUCUGGUGAUCCAGUGUCGUUUAGGCGACCGGAAGCCCCUCUAGUGGCUGUCUGGUAGACAGCCACUAGAGGAGUAGUUAACCUUAGCAGGUAAUUAUUGCAGUUUAUAAAAUCUGCAAUAGUUACCACUCUAGGGUUAAGGGUGAUGGGAGUUUGCACCCAGACCACUUCAAUGAGCUGAAGUGGUCUGGGUGCCUACAAUGUCCCUUUAAGCAGGAUGUUAUGGAUGGAUGCAAUGUGGGUGUUAUGGUGCUACUGAUGGUGCAGUAUGAGUGCCAUGUAGCAUAUGGUGUCUCCUAUAACUUUAGAUAGCUCAAUGAAAUGUGCUACAUUUGUCAGGAUUCAUGUUAGUGUUACAUACAAUGUUCAAAUGUUGUCCUUUCAUUCCUACAUCCUAUCCUGUUGUGUAUUUACAGCCAAGAUUUGAAACGCAAUAAAUCCUCCCUGGACACAUUUCUAAUCUUAGUUGAGCUUGACAGAGAUCUCCUUUGAGACAUGUACAGCUGUCUAAUGGAAAUGUUAAAUUUGGCUAACAUAGUUUGUGAGAACAUUUUACUACCCAUGAGUAUUUUAAAAGAAAAGUGUAUAUUAUGUGUGAAAUGAUCGCUGUGAGUAGAAUUUAGACAAAAUUCAAGGACAUGUAGGUUGAUCUAACUAGGCUGGGUAAUGUAUUAUUUCCAUAUGAAUAGAACAUUUUAAACUGUGACCUUAUUGAUCUGUAUUUAUUUAUGCAGGAAGGAAAGACUCCCAAGGAUUGUCUUAAAGAGGGUUACUGCAAAGCUCUGCAAGUCACGUUUUUUGAGUGCAAAAGAUCAAUUGUAAGUUCUGUAGCAAUACAAAUUCAUUAAAGUGGAACCGUAACCAUUGAAUAUAACACUGAAAAUAUGUAUUUUUUUUAAAAGUCCAGUUUUUUUAAAACACUUCAGCUUGGUGAAAGUGUUAUCUGGCUGUGUCCUGUGUCUUAGUUUAUAAAAGUGUACUUUAACGACUCCACCUAGUUACAUCCAGAAAGGGUUCCCUACCUCAUUUGCUUUUAGUGCGAUCGGAAAGCCAGAAGUAAGGGCUUCUCAUAGAGAAGCAUUGCUGGAGCAGAGUAUUAAUGUUCUCUGUGUCUCAGUGCGUCUCUAAGAGGCAGUUUUACUUAGUGACAAGGGUGGGGUACUAAUCUCAACUGCAGAAAGAAAUGUAUUUGUUUCUAAUCUUGGAAUAUUUUAGAACUUUUAGGUCCCCCAUUUCCAAAUACUAAAACAAAAAAGUUAUAAAAAAAUUAUUUUUAAUUUUUUUUACUUACCUGGAAUUCCGCACCAGGCGCUUCACUUUCCACACAUUGUGCAGUCAAAUCAAAGGCUUCUCACAGUGAAGCAUUUAAUUGGACUAUUUCGCCGGGUAAGCAUGCAUGUGCACGCUCUGAGCUGGCAUGGGGAGAGGGAGUGGUAAGGGAAAGAAGGAAGUGGCCUUAAAAAAACAAACAAAAAAAAAAAAAAAACAAUUGAACAGAGGGAAUAGGAAGGGAGAGAGGAGACACAAGAAUUGCUGGUUCUCCCUACAGUGUGUCUGACGCCAGUUUGCAGUGCGCGCUGAUGACGGACAUACAAUGUGCACAGAAUUGACAUUUGGCAGUCUGGAACAGUCAUGUAUGCCUCGGUUGUAACUAGCCACCAGCACACAAGUGCAAAUAAUCCUGGAAGUGCAGUGUUUCAAGUUAAAACACUGCCCAUACAGAUAUCUUCCAUGACCAUUUCUAAAAGAAGAAGUGGUCCUGGAUGUUGGAGUAACUCUUUAAUGGUUUAGCAACCAGAAUACUGCCAUGUGCAAGUUUUGUUUUUUUUUUUUUUUUUACUAUUUAUAUCACAGAAAAAGUUGCAGUUUAUAACGAUAAUUGACAUGGAGCCACAUUAUAUCCAUUCAGUUCUAAGACAGAGGGAAAUAUAGAAGUUUGGAUUAAUAAAUUUAAAGUUAUUUUUCAGAUCUCCCGAAAAAAUAUUUUUAAAUAUAGAGUGCACGUCAACUUUAUAUUAAAAGGUUGGGAAGUGACAGUUCCCGUAGAAGAUCGUACAAUUUCUGCAUAAAGUGAUCUCUACAUGCAGGCAUUUUACAUCCACAGCAUGACAAAAUAAAUACCAAUACAAUAAAGUUACAUAACAUUCUUUUCUAUGCGAACUACCCAACAUCAUUUCAAAAUAGUCUUUUUCUUUAGCUGGACAACAGAGCAAGGUUCAGAGGGAGGAAGGGCUACUGAAAAGUCUGCCAAAUAAAGAAAAGGUGAACGCAUUCCAUAACUAUAUUGAAGAUCCUACUGGAAACAUGCAUAUUUAUAACAUGAUGUGCUGGUGUAAUAAAAAAUCUAAUGAAAUGUGCUCGACAUAACUAAACAAUAUAUUUUUAUACUUUGUAGUUUUGUGUUUGCCGCUCUUCUCUUUCACCUUGACUGCUGCACUCUGCGUCUAAGUGGUCUUACGUGUUUCCAGCUUGCACUAUUACAGUCUAUAAUUAAUGCGGCUGCGAGGCUCAUGUUCCGGUCUGCUCGCACCUCCCACUCCCUCAAGCAUUUAAGCUCAUUUGAGCAGGGCACUCAACCCCCUCUGUUCCCGUGCAGCCAACUUGUCUGGUUACA